UUGAGAAGAAACUGCAUUGGGGGGCUGCCUGAUCAGAGGUCGCCGUGGGACUGUUUUCUGUUCUCUCUUGUUCGUGUCCCGUGUCCUUUUCCGGCGACUUACGGCUUUGUUCCUUGUAAGAAGUCUGCACCGAUUCGUUUCUCUGGUUCUGGGCGACAGAAAAAUGGCCCUGCUGCCAUUGCCAACGCCAAUGCUCGUCUUUCCAGACACAACCCUUAACUAAUAUAUAUAUAUGUGUGUGUGUACAUCAAAAGGAAUAAAUUCCAAAUCUAAUUGUAGAAUACAACUUGCAAUUUCUUCUAGUGGGAGUUGGACAAUGAAAAUGUUUGAAGAUGGAGCUGAAAUCAAGCCAAAAAUUGGCCCAUGUAUUUCCUAGGUACAACACUAUACAAUAAUGGCAGUAAUUCGAGCUAAUAUUGUUCAACCAUGGCAUGAGCUCAUAACUUUCUCGGAGAUUGGUUUUUCCUGUUCAAUCACUUUCCUGUAAGGUGGGGAGAGGAAAAUUCUUUUAAGAGUAUUUGUGUACGAGGAGCUCAAUUGUAAUAGUACAAGAGGAGUAACCUUCGUUGAA